UGUUGUGGAAUAAUAAAAUCUUAUAAUUUAAUUUUUUUCUCGGGAAAUGUAUUUCAUGAAGAUACAAUUCAAGUGGUGAAUUUUGCGACGAAUUUACGCACACACUAUUUUAGGCAACUUUCAGUACUUUUAAAUAUGUUUGGCCAGGAUUUCUAAUAUCUAAGUGCUAAUAUUUUACUUUAUUGAUUCAAUUAAUUAUUUUAAUAUUCCAAACACUUAAUUUAUUAAGAUUUCAAUUUGAGCCUUAUUUAUUUUCGAUAUUUUACAAUUUCAAUUCAAUUUUUAUCUACUCCGUUUAUUCUGCGAGAUUCUGAUUUAACUUCAAUUUGAUAUUUUGAAUAAAUUUUGAAAAAUAACAGCAGCGGAGCAAUUAGGAAAAUAUAAGAAGUAUUAAGGAGCAUUUUUUUUUAGGCAUUAGAAACAUAAAUUUUUAUCCUUUGACGCUAACUGCCCGACGGUAAUAUAAGGAACGUUCUUAUCUGUAAGUCAAUUCUCUGUCGGUAUUGUAGAUAGAAUCGGUUGCCGAUAAGUAGCUUUUCAAAAUCGGCCAAUCAAAGAACCGACGCAAGAUUUGUUUCAAUUGAUGAUUUACCAACAAGUAAAUCAAAUGUUAAUGCAAUUUCAGUCAGUGACGUUGCGAGUCGCUGAACGGAAAACAGUCAAACUAUCGUGGACUUGGUCUUGCAUACAGCAGAGUAAGAAAUGACAAAGUUUUUGAUGAAGACAAAAAAGAUGUCAAGGUACACUCUAUACUGGUCAAUUAACUAAUUAAAAUAAUUAAUCAAAAUAGCUUCAGGCAGUCGCAGAAAUUUUUUCUAAUAAUAAUAUAUUACGACCAAUCAUUUCUUUCUAUAGAAGUUUCAUAAGAACUUGCUCCAUGAUAUUUCUCCUUUCUUUGAGUCAAACGUGUCGCAACCGUACUAGUAAUUUCGAAAAUUGCGUCCAAUCUUAAGGAUCCUAAUCAUAGUAAAACAUAGUAGGGUACGGCUAAUAUAAGCCUACAUGAAUUUAUGAUUAGUUUUACGACGUUUUUAUUAUUGGCUUUUACUUUACUGUUUUCUGUGAAUUAUUAUGAUGAAACAGGAGUUUUGCAGGUCUGUUUGCUUUCCGUUUGGUACACAUAUACAUAUCUCACGAAACAAUAGUUAAUGUCAGUUUGGAAUUUCGUCGCAAUGAAAUCACUGAAAAUAGAUCACUGCAAUUCCUCAAGCUUGAUUCCCAACGUACACAAUCAAUACAUAUGGUAUAAGUAUCAUCAAAAAGCGUUCCAUUCUCCACGCCAUUCUCUCAGCAAUAUAAUACACCAGUCCUCUCGUACAGAGCCUUGAAUGUCUGAUUUAUAAUCAACGAUUAAAUCCCUCUGCUCGAUUAUACGAAGCGCGUGGAAUUUCUUAGAUGGAAUCGCAUUGUUUCCACGACUUUUUAUUUUUUUAAACACCGGAACUGAACGCAGCCAUCCAGGUCGUAGUCCUUUCCUUCGUGAAACUCCCGUUCGUGUGAUGCAACUGGGAAUCGACUUUCUAUCGGAUUAAACCAAAAACGAUUAAACGUCAAUACUUUUGUUAUAAAGGCUGGGAGACUCUAAUUUCUCAGCGUCCAUAAAUGCGAGUAACCGGUAAUGACAUAAGGGUUAGGUGGGGCGGGGUAAAAAAUGUGGAGCAGGCAAGCUCAAGAUAUAUUCUUGGAAUUUCAUUGUUCCUUACAGUGAGAUUACAACAUGAGAUUCCUGAAAGGGGUGGCUUAAUAAAUGAAAAGCAAAUUAGUCUCGGUCAUGAAAAUUACUGGAUAAUUUUACAUUGGCACUCAUCGUUGCAACAUGACUGCCCUAAUACUAUUCUUAGGAUUUUGCAGUUGGGUUACGUGAAAAACCCAUUCUCGGACUUGGGCCUGAAUAAUACCUGAUGUCUUACGGGUAUACUCGUUACCUCAGGCGAAUGACUUUAAAAGUAGGUAGCUAUUGAGGCGGGAGCCAAUUACAUCAGGGCUACUGGUGCCUAUAUAGAAGUACCGGCGUCUGUAGCUGCAGAUUUCUUGAACGGAACUUAUCGUUCAUCCACGACGAUCCUUGUCAAGCAACUAUGAAUCUGAGAGUGCUUCUUCUGACAUUAGUGUCAAUGUGUUUGGCACAGGAUGUUGUGACUGGUCGAUUUUCUCGGUCGCCUGAAAGUCACAUCCAAUAUAGCGAUCCAAAUGGUCUAAAAGUCAAUUGGAAACUUUAUGCUCCUUACACCCAAUGGAAAUCUCAUCUGGAAAAACCACAGCGUGCUCAAAGAGCUGAAACUGGAACUAUUCAUCCAACCAGCAAUCAUCAGGUUCAACCGAUCAAGAAUGAAGUACUUCAAAAUAAAGUUGAAGCCGAACAAGUUCAAUACAAACCAUAUUUUGCAGUACCGACCCAUAUAAAGGAAUUAAUUGUUCGGGCCUACAAACCUCAUGGAGCUUAUAUAGAUCCAGAAGCUUUUAUUUAUAAAACUCAUCCCCAAAAUUUGGCACCGGUCUAUGAUCAAUCAGCUGUUGCACAAUCUCAAUCGAGUCAAACCCAUCAGGAUGAUAUCAAACAGUCUGCGGCUUACAAACCAAAAGCUCAAGAGUACAUUAUUUUUGGUGGUAAAAUAGAGAAACAGGAGAAGAAUGAUAAUGCUCAGAAUCAUCAAGAGGCCAAGGUACCUUAUUCGUCAUUGAUGUCUGCACCACAACCAGUUGUGUCGAUGGCUCAUUUGGAUUACAGUAAAAAUAUGCCAGUUGAAAUUCAGCGAUUGUUGCACUAUCAGGCACAGUUGCCUUACAACGUCAUUGCUAAUCAUAUACUGUAUCAGCCAAAAUCAAUUUUUAUACCUAAACCAUUGGCAGAACAGGAAAAAGGACCUUAUCAGUAUCGCAGCAAAGUUUAUGUAUUGAAAAAUAAUCAAGCUGAUGUAGAUCCAUCAGUAAAACCAAUAGAAAAGAAACAACGUCAGUAACGGAUACGUUAUGGAGGUAGUGAUGGUGCUAUUUUUUAAAAUUGUUUUCGGCUGUCAAAUUAAAUAUACAAACGUAGAAAGUAAAAGUAUCAGUCUUUUCCACUUAGUUUUAAGUUUGUAGAUCAACGACUAAUCGAUAUUCCAAAUAGGCUGAAUCGGUUGCAUAAUUUUGUAAAAUAAAUGUAAAAUAAUGUAAAAUAAAUUAUUUUAUUUGACAUAUCAUCAGUGAAUUUUGAAAUAUCCUUUCUCAUUUAAAAUAAGCAUUACUGAUUAUGCUAAGCAAGCCGGAUUUUAUUCAUACUCUCACGGUUACAAAGUCAAACGAUUUGCUCCAAACUCCCAUUAAUGUCUUUACCCACGACAAAGUAAUUGUAUAAAGUAAUAUUUCCCUUUCUCAAUCUAUACCUACUUGUAUAACACGACGGCGAUUAUUUUAUUGGAUUUCACUUGAAACAAAAGGAUAGCAUUUCUCCGGAUCAGGAAGAGUUAACGAAAUGAUCCACUUUCGUGGCCUUCACGCUUCGUCACUCUCUCCAAACUUCACUAUUUCUAGUGCAUUUACUAGAUGCCAUUCUCGUACUUCCAUUAUGUCUGUAACUUUUGUUUUUGUGCAUUAUAUCAACCCGCCAUUCAUUAUCAACAUGACACAACAAUUAUCGUACUAUAAUUGUACCAAAAAAAAAAAGAAACGAACAUUCCAAAUA